UCCUUUCUCUCUUUUUCUCUGUCUCUCCUGUUCAUUAACACCUCUCCUACUUCUAUUAAUUUAUUGUCAUCUUCAUUUAUCUUUCUGAAACAUAAUGAAAUUCGAAGAGUUUCUAAUGCAGAGAAGUGAUAAUCAGCAGAGAAGACUCGCACUCGAGGAUGAGGUUAUGAAAUUGCAAGCAGAAUUAGAUGGGGAACAAACGCUCCACAGCAUUUUGCAUUGUGCAAUUAAUGGCCCCGUGCUAUCACAUCCAUUUCCUUUCUCGUUUCUUCCUCGUCAGGUUCAGAUGCUACUUGCUGAGCUAGCAAUGGUAGAGGAAGAGAUUCUUUGGCUGGAAAGAAAAGUUGAAGAACUGAAACUGAAGUUGUACCAAGAAAGGUCACAGAAUAGAGAAUGGGAAAUGCGACAGCAGGAACAACCAAGGAGGCUAUGGAAACAGAAUCAUUUAGUACUAUGUGAAGAAGGAAAUCAGUCUUCUUCGUUAGUUGUCGGUGAACAACGAUGUAGAUCACAGAAUUAUGAAGUUUUGAAGAAAGAGAGAAUGGCAGGAGAUAGAAGAUCAUCAAUGGGUUCUGCAUCAGAGAUACAGAGUUGGUUUUCUAAUUACAGGUCCAAUGGAGAAAUUGCUGAGAUAUCAAGGAGAUCAAGCGGAAGAAGUAGAAAUCCACAUGGAAAAAAAGAUAACGAAAAUGGAAUUCAGAGACCAAAUGAGCUGUCAGAAGAAUUGCUGAAAUGCUUAAUAUGCAUAUUUCUUGAACUAAAUGAAACAACAUUAUUAGACAAAGAAGGAUCAGCCGGUGUCCCAAAGCUGAGCCUUUCCUGCAUGAAUUCAAAAGGGUUUAUGGCAAAAACCUCAUUGAUCAGUUGCAAAUCACCUGCAUUUAACAUUGACCCUCGAGACCGUAGCCCACCACUGAGCCCGACGGGGGUGCGGGGGCAGCGCCCCCGCGUAUGA